AUGGGCGAACAGGACAACAUCGCCCCCGCGAAUAAGCUGGGCGUCGAGAGUGUUGUUGAUGACCCCAAUUCCUCCGACAGCAACAGCGGGCUGCGGUCGCGACGCCGCUUCGGAUCGGCGCAGGAAAAUGGAAAGGAUAUUGAGAGUGAUCACGAGGACGAGGGCAAGCUGAAGCGCAACUUGAAGAACCGUCAUCUGCAGAUGAUCGCUAUCGGAGGAACCAUUGGAACUGGUCUGUUCAUUAGCAGUGGAACAGCGCUGGCAGAGGCUGGUCCGGCCGGUGCCCUUAUCGCAUACGCCUUUGUCGGUUCGAUCGUGUACUCCGUCAUGUGCUCCCUGGGAGAGAUGGCAACCUAUAUCCCCGUUCCCGGUGCCUUUACCUCCUACGCCGCGCGUCUCGUCGAUCCGAGCUUGGGUUUCGCCAUGGGUUGGAUUUAUUGGUUUAAUUGGGCGUCGACCUACGCCGUCGAACUGACUGCUACCGGUAUGAUCGUCAAAUACUGGGACGAGAAUUUGUCCGUCGCUAUCUUUAUCGGAGUUUUCUGGGUUGUCAUCUCAGCAAUCAAUUUUCUUCCUGUCGGGUUUUACGGCGAGUUGGAGUUCUGGUUCUCGCUGACCAAGGUAUUGACUGUGUUGGGAUUCAUGAUCUUCGCUAUCUGCAUUGACGCCGGAGUCGGCAGACAGGGCUACUUGGGCUUCAAGUAUUGGCACAACCCUGGCGCCUUUGCACCCUACUUGAUCACUUCUGAUUUGUCGGUGGGGAAGUUCGUCGGUUUCUGGGCGGUGCUCAUUCAGGCUGGUUUCUCUUACCAGGGUACCGAGCUUGUCGGUGUUGCUGCUGGUGAGACCGAGAACCCUCAGAAGACUGUCCCUUCUGCCAUUCGCAAGACCUUCAUCCGCAUUCUGAUCUUCUUCGUCUUGACCAUUUUCUUCAUCGGUCUGUUGGUGCCUUAUGACAACCCCAAUCUCGCUAGCGAUGCCGGCAACGCAUCCGCCUCGCCCAUGGUUAUCGCCGCCAAUCUGGCUGGUGUCAAGGUUCUUCCCAGUCUGAUCAAUGCGGUUCUUCUGACGGUCGUUCUCUCUGCCGCCAACUCCAAUGUGUACAGUGGUAGCCGUGUUCUUCUUGGAUUGGCUCAGGAAGGUUUCGCGCCCUCCUGCUUUGGCUGGGUCACGCAGCGUGGUGUGCCAUACGUCAGCGUUGCUUUCACCGCUCUCUUCGGUCUUCUGGGAUUCAUGAACGUGUCGAGCUCCGGAACCACUGUGUUCAACUGGCUCGUCAACAUCUCUAGUGUGGCUGGUUUCAUUUGCUGGACGUCCAUCAACGCCAGCCACAUCGCCUUCAUGAAGGCGAUGGCUGCUCGCGACAUCUCUCGCGAGACCCUGCCUUACAAGUCCUGGGGCCAGCCUUACCUGGCGUGGUACGGAUUGUUCUUUAACCUCCUCAUUACCUUCACCCAGGGAUUCACCGCCUGGAUUCCUCACUUCAACGUUUCCGACUUCUGGGUUGCCUAUAUCUGCCCGGUCCUCUUCGUGGUCUUGUAUAUCGCACACAAGGCGUGGUACCGCACCUCGUUUGUCCGUCCUCUUGAGGCGGAUCUUGACACUGGCAGACCGCAGUUCACCAACUGGGAGACCUCGAACCCCAAGGAUGGGUGGGGCAGAAGGCUGUGGGAUAGCAUCAUGGGCUAG